AUGGCUGGUGCUAAAUUUUUGGUGGUCUUUUUGGUGGUUUUUAGUGUUUUGGUGCAGAAUGGAUGGAGUGCUGCUGUUCCUGAAGGAAAAACUGAUGUUUCAGAAAGUAGAACUUUUGGCCACCACUUCCUAAAACGUGUAAGUUUUGCCAUAAUUCCAGCAGCUUUCGUGGUCGGUGUCACGACCACACUUUUGGCAACGCUGACAGUCAUGUCGAUGAAAGGUUUGGGAAUCGGUGUGCUGUUACUGAUUUUAGGAUUAUCACAGGUAAUUGCUAAAACUCUACCAUUCGCCCACCCAGCUCCUGCACCAGCAGCAGUUCCUCUGGUUUACCAUUCUAGGAGUGAACCUUUGUGGUUAAAAGACGAACCAGUUCAUUUGGAACCAGUUCCAUAUUUGGACCAUUAG